GACAGAACAAAAUGGCUGCCCUGACCAUAGACCCGGUGGAGCAGCCUCGGAUGUACCAGCAGAGUCUGCUUCAGGACGGACUGUGUGACCUCUUGGAGAAUGACAAGUUCGUGGACUGUGUCCUCCAAAUUCAGGACCAGAAGUUCCCCUGCCACCGCUUGGUUUUGGCCGCCAGCAGCCCCUUCUUCAAGGCCAUGUUCCUGUCCAACCUGGAGGAGAGCAAGAAGCGUGAGAUUGUCCUCAAAGACGUGGAGCCGGGUGUUAUGGGGAUGAUCCUGCGCUACUUGUACACCUCUGAAAUUAGUCUGACAGAACAGAAUGUCCAGGAUAUCUUCAUGGUUGCCAACAUGUACCAGAUCCCCUCCAUCUUCUCAGUAUGUGUGUCCUACCUCCAAGAGAAGCUGGUGCUGGGAAACUGCUUGGCUAUCUUCAGGCUGGGUCUGCUGCUGGAUUGUCCAAGGCUCGCUCUGACCGCUAGAGAGUUCAUCUGCGAGCGCUACCAGGUGGUCGUCAGGGACCAGGACUUCCUGCAGCUGGGCCCGAGCGAGCUGGCCCUCAUCAUCACCUCAGACGCCCUCAACAUUGAGCGGGAGGAGCAGGUGUUUGAAUCCCUGAUGGACUGGGUCAGACAUGAUGAAACGAACCGGGUCAAGGACCUGACAGAGCUGCUGCACUGCAUCCGUUUCAGGCUCAUACCUUUGGAUUACUUCAAAGAGAAAGUGGAGAGUCACCAGUACCUGCGGUUCAGCGAGGACAUCAAGAAGGAGCUGGAUCUCGUCAAGGAUGCUUACAAGGGGUGUCUCCCAAAGCCCAGUAAGCCCAGCAGUAAUGGGGCAGAGGGGGGAGAAGGAAGUGAGGAGGAGGACGAUGAGGAGGAAGGGUACCUGCCGGGUAUACUCAACAACAACCCUCGCUUUGGGAUGUUUGAGCUGGAGCUGAUUGUUAUGAUCAGUGACAAAGGGACUGUGGCCUAUGACCCGCUAGGAAAUGAAUGCUUUGUGGUCUCCGAGUCCACAGAAAUCCCCAAGAACCACUGCAGCCUUGUGACCAAGGAGAACCAGGUGUUUGUUGUCGGAGGACUUCUCUACAACGAAGAGAACAAAGACGAAGCAUUCAGCUCCUACUUCCUGCAGUUUGACCCAGUGAGUUCACAAUGGUUAGGGAUGCCCUCGCAACCCAACCCUCGCUGUCUGUUCGGCCUGACUGAAGCUGGAAACUCCAUCUUUGUUGUUGGAGGAAAGGAACUGAAGGAUGGUGAGCACGCCCUGAACUCAGUCAUCAUCUAUGACAGACAGUCAUUCAAAUGGGGAGAGUCGGAUCCUCUGCCUUAUGAAGUAUAUGGCCAUGGAACCAUAUCACAUGAAGGUCUAGUCUAUGUCAUUGGAGGAAAAUCUGAAAGCAAGAAAUGCCUGAGAAGAGUCUGUGUCUACAACCCCACUAAGUUUGAGUGGAAGGACCUGGCUCCUCUGAAGACGGCCCGCUCCCUGUUUGGUAUCACCGUCCACCAAGACCAGAUCUACGUGGUGACGGGGGUCACAGACUCAGGCCUCACCAGCUCUGUGGAAACCUACGACAUCGCCACCAACAAGUGGUCUGAGUUCACAGAGUUCCCUCAGGAGCGCAGUUCUCUCAAUCUGAUGUCGAUGGGAGGGUUCCUGUACGCUGUGGGGGGCUUUGCCAUGAUGCCCAGUGAAACCAGUGAGGAGCCCGUUCCAACAGAGAUGAUGGACAUCUGGAGAUACGAUGAGUCAGAUCAGUGCUGGAAUGGGAUCUUGCGAGAGAUUAGCUACGCAGAGGGAUGCACUAUUCUUCCAGUGCGCCUCAACACUCUGCGCCUCACCAAGUUAUAACUGAACUGAACUGUUGCCGGUGCCAGGAGGUUAACGGCGUAGCAUUGAAGUGAACAAGUGCACUCGUUGGGAACAUUGGCCCCAAAAUUGACUUAUACGGAAUGUUUCACUGUAAUGAUUGAAUUUGGUCUCUGAAGAUGAAAAAGUGUUAUGUUUAACAGCAGGGGAAGACAGAUACAUGUUUAGUCUAGAGGGGUAAACGACAUAAAUUAGAAUAUCAAAUUAAUUUUAAAAACAGCCAAAAUGUUGAUUUACAUUGUCUUUACAUUACAUUGUACAUCUGUUUUUUGUU